ACCACACACACACACACAUAGCUGGAGGGAAGCAGAACAGAGACAACAGACAACACAUCUGGUGCUCCAGAGCAUAUCAACAUUAGGACAAACUCUUUGCUGCACAAACUGCUGAGGGGGAUCCAAGCUGGGAAAUGCUUGUCUACCUGGGCGUGAUGCUGUUGUUCUGCUUCCUGUACUGGUGGUACAGAGACAGUAAGCAGAUAACGGCGGUAUCGGACAAGCACGUGUACAUCACGGGCUGUGACUCUGGCUUUGGACAUCUUCUGGCCCAACACCUGGAUAAGCAGGGUUUCCACGUCCUGGCUGCUUGUUUCACCGAGCAGGGGGCCCAAGAACUGGAGGACAAGACUUCAUCAAGACUCAAAACCUUCCAGCUUGAUGUCACCAACUCCGAAAGCAUUGGGAAGGCCGCAGAAUUCGUCGAGUCCCAGGUUAACGACAAAGGGCUGUGGGGCCUGGUGAACAACGCCGGGAUCGCUCAACCCAUUGGUCCGAGUGACUGGCUGACCAUCGAUGACUACAAGGUGCUGCUGGACGUUAACCUGAUAGGAUUGAUCGAGGUCACGCUCAGCAUGAUCCCGCUGAUAAAGAGGGCGAGAGGCAGGAUUGUGAACAUGGCCAGCAUAUGUGGCAGGCUGAGCAACGUCGGAGGAUCAUACUGCAUCUCCAAGUUUGGCAUCGAAGCCUUCAAUGAUAGUCUCAGGAGGGAUCUACAAUGCUUUGGAGUGAAGGUGGCUUGCAUCGAACCAGGCUAUUUUAAAACGCGCAUAGCCAACCCUGACCUAAUAAAGGAGAAAUUAAUCAAGCUGUGGGGCCGGUUACCACGAGAUGUGCAGGAGGAUUACGGGGAUGACUACCUGGACAAAACUUGUUCACUCAUGAAGAAGUAUAUUGAGAGGCUGGCCGAGCCGAACCUGAUGAAGGUCGUGUCGCGGAUCCACCACGCUCUGACCUCCGUUCACCCUCGCUCGCGGUACGCCGUGGGAGUUGACGCUAAACUGCUCUGGAUUCCUCUCUCCUAUAUGCCGACAGCAUUCACUGAUUUUGUGUUGGAGUGGGACAAAGUUAAGCCAGCAAAAGCUGUCUAUUAACAACUUCCUUGAGACUGAUGUGUAGGAAAGAACUGCAGAUGCUGGUUUAAAUCGAACAUGGACACAAAAUGCAGGAGUAACACAGAGGGACAGGCAGCAUCUCUGGAGAGAAGUCGAGACCCUUCUUCAGACUGGAGAAGGGUCAGUCUCGACUUCAGUCAAGACCCAAAACAUCACCUGUUCCUUCUCUCCAAAGAUGCUGCCUGUCCCGCUGAGUUACUCCAGCAUUUUGUGUCUAUCCUUGAGACUGAUAAUGUACAAUGAAAGGGAAUUGGAAUAGAAUCAUAGAGUCAUUGGAAUAUGGUAGAAUAAAAUUCUAUUCUAUCAGGACCAAUUCUAAUCAAGUAUCAUCAGAUAAAUCAUGGUAAAAAUGUCAACGCUAAAUUACAAUUAUUUGUUGAUUAUUUUUAUAAACUUGAUGGAUAUCAAUGUAUUGAUUAAUUGUAACUGUGAUGUGGAUUCAAAUGCAUGUAUCACCACUGGACAUACAUUUUGUCAAGAAAAGGUCAUAAUCCCGAUGUAUGUGUCUUCCUCCAUUCUUUUGUUAGCACUAGUGUAUAGACUAAUCUUCUACAGAUUGCUGGACAGGAUUCAACAGCUUCCCUGUUAACUUUAUGCAAAACAACAAGGAACUUUCCAAGGCAGGAUCGCCAUAAACAUUUGGUGUAGGUUAAAGUAGCCAAUGUUUAUCACGAAAAAUGUGGUUGGAAUUGAGAUCCAAUUGCCUCUUCCCAACAAGACAUCAAGAGUUUCAAAGAAAUAAAGGAAGAAAAAAGUCAUUUUGAGAUUGUCAGAUAUAUAUACGGCAGGGGAUCAGGCCCUUCAGCCCACCUUAACCACGCUGAACAACACAGGAUAGUCCCAUUUUCCUGCUUUUGCCCAUUUCCCUCUAAACUCUUCCUAUCCAUAUAUCCACCCAAAUGUCUUUUAAAAGUCAUUAUCUGCUUCCAUGGCUUCAUCUGGCAGCUCGUUCCAGAUACAGACUACCCUCUAAGUAAAAUAGUUGUCCCUGAGGUCCCUACCAAAUCUCUCCCCUCUCUCCUCAAACCUGUGCCCUCUAGUUUUGGGAUCCUCUACUGUGAAAAAGAUUGGGAGCGUUCACUUUAUCCAUGCCCUCUUAUGAUCUUGUACACCUCAAUAAGGUCAUCCCUCAGCCUCCGACGCUCCGAAGGAAAAUGUCCCAGUCUGUCCAUCCUCUCCCUGUAACUCCAGCCCGCAAGCCCAGGUAACAUCCUGGUGAAUCUCUUCUGCACCCUUUCCAACUUAAUGAUAUCCUUCCAGUAGCUGGGUGACCAGAACGGCACACAGUAUGUCAAGUGUGGUCUCACCAACAACUUGUACAGCUACAGGAUGAGUGUGGUCAUCUUUACUGUCCCCUAGUGUUUUCUCUUGGUCUUUGUGCAGUGACGCUGAGUCUGAUAAGAUAGUAUUGGAAUCUCACUCGUAUUCAGACAUAUGUACAGUAAAUAUAGCCAAUUAAAAGUUGUUUGCAAUGUGCUUUGCAAGGUCAAGCCUAGAUAGUUGUCACUAAAUUUAGUUUAUUUAUUGUCAUGUAUACUGAGGGACAGUGAAAAGCUUUCUUUUUGCAUAUGAUCCAGUCAGUGGAAAGACUAUACAUGAUUACAAUCAAGCCGUCCACAGUAGAUACAGGAUAAAGGGAAUAAUGUUUAGUGCAAGAUAAAGUCUAAUAAAGUCCGAUUAAAGAUAGUCCAAGGGUCUCCAAUGUGGUGGAUGGCAGGCCAGGACCGCUCUAGUUGUUGGUAGGGUGGUUCAGUUACCUGAUAACAGCUAGGAAC